AUGGCCUCUUGUAGCAGCAGCGCUCUCUCCCGCUUCAUCGGCGUGGAGCGGGUGCUGGCCGUGGACAUGGGCGCGCGCUACUGCGGGCUGGCCGCGCGCACCUCACCACUCCUCGGCGUCCAGCGCGUCGGCGUCCUGGAGCGGAGGCGGAGCGGCCCGUCCCGCUUCGCGACGCAGGCCGCGGCGAUCUGCUCGCUGGCGGCGGAGCUCGACGCCGGAGGGGUCGUGCUCGGCAUGCCGUACCUCGCCGACGGCCGCCGCUCGCGAGAGUGCGAGCUUGUCGAGGCGGCGGCGGAGAGGCUGAGAGAGGCGGCGCCGCCCGGGCUGCGCCUCCUGCUGUGGGACGAGACGUGGACCACCCGGCUCGCCCUCGGGCCGGGCCGGCACAGCGCCCGCCGUCAGCACUGGGGCCACGCCGCCGCCGCCCGCCUGCUGCUGCAGGACGUGCUCGGCGCGGCGGAGGUGCGUGCGUACGCAGAGAGGAGGAAUGGAAGAGUGGAAAGCUAA